UUGAAACAAAAGAGUGUAAAUAUACUUACGAAAAAAACGUCAGGGGCAUCAACAAAAUACAUUUUUGAAUGUGAUGGUUGUAGCAAAAAAUUUUCAACAAAAGACAUUCUCGCCAAACACAUUUCAUACAGUCAUAAGACGCAAAAGAACCAAAAGAACACCACUGCAGUUCGGACACAAGUUGAACAAACUCCAGUACCACAACUAACGGAAAUAUUUAAUUGUGAUAUUUGCGAAUUUAAAACAUCUCAAAAACUUUGCAUUUUGGCACAUCUUAACGCGCACGUCGCUGAACAAGUGUACUGUUGUAAUAAUUGUGAUUAUAAAAGUAUAAAAAAACAUAAUUUGCAAAAGCAUAUGAAAAUACAUACUGGAGAAAAACCUUUUUCAUGUAAUAUCUGUGAAUAUAAAUGUAUUACAAAAAGUGAUUUGCAAAGGCAUAUGAAAAUACAUACUGGAGAAAAACCUUUUUCAUGUAAUAUCUGUGAAUAUAAAUGUAUAGAAAAAAGUAAUUUGCAAAAGCAUAUGAAAAUACAUACUGGAGAAAAACCUUUAUCAUGUAAUAUCUGUGAAUAUAAAUGUAUAGAAAAAAGUAAUUUGCAAAGGCAUAUGAAAAUACAUACUGGAGAAAAACCUUUUUCGUGUCAUAUCUGUGAAUAUAAAUGUAUAGAAAAAAGUAGUUUGCAAUCACAUAUGAAAAUACAUACUGGAGAAAAACCUUUUUCAUGUAAUAUCUGUAAAUAUCAAUGUAUUCAAAAAAGUAAUUUGCAAACACAUAUGAAAAUACAUACUGGAGAAAAACCUUUUUCAUGUAAUAUCUGUGAAUAUAAAUGUAUUCAAAAAAGUAGUUUGCAAUCACAUAUGAAAAUACAUACUGGAGAAAAACCUUUUUCAUGUAAUAUCUGUGAAUAUAAAUGUAUUCAAAAAAGUAGUUUGCAAUCACAUAUGAAAAUACAUACUGGCGAAAAAUCUUUUUCAUGUAAUAUCUGUGAAUAUAAAUGUAUAGAAAAAAGUUAUUUGCAAAAGCAUAUGAAAAUACAUACUGGAGAAAAACCUUUUUCAUGCAAUAUCUGUAAAUAUAAAUGUAUAGAAAAAAGUAAUUUGCAAAGGCAUAUGAAAAAACAUACUGGAGAAAAACCUUUUUCGUGUCAUAUCUGUGAAUAUAAAUGUAUAGAAAAAAGUUAUUUGCAAAAGCAUAUGAGAGUACAUACUCGAGAAAAGUCUUUUUCAUGUAAUAUCUGUGAAUAUAAAUGUAUAGAGAAAAGUAAUUUGCAAAGGCAUAUGAAAAUACAUACUGGAGAAAAACCUUUUUCGUGUCAUAUCUGUGAAUAUAAAUGUAUAGAGAAAAGUAGUUUGCAAAGGCAUAUGAAAACACACACUUGA